CACACAAGUGCAGUGCUGCAGGAAUCUCAUUCUCGUUGCCACACCACAAGUAAACAACAGACCACGCAGCUCUCGCGCGUCGCAUGGUGAGGAGGUCUCUUCCGUUCCGUGCGGCGAUGGAGGGAGGGAGGGCGACGGCGCUGUGGCUGGUGCUGGUGGCGUCCGCGAUCGUGUCGGCGUCCUCCAGCGGCGAGGCUUCGGCGAACGGCCAGCCCGCGACGCCGACCGGGCCGGACACGAACGUGCUGUGCGUGAGCAAGUGCGGGACGUGCCCGACGGUAUGCACGUCACCCCCGCCGCCCUCGCCGUCGGACGCGGGGGACAGCACCACGCCGCCGACGACGCCGAAGAGCGGCGGCGGGUACCCGUCGCUGCCGUCGCCGACGGGGCAGGGAAAGGGCGGGCGGCCCAGCAACUACUACUACUUCUUCACCGCCGCGGGGAGCCGGAGCAGCUGCGCCGGGGCGAGCGCCUACGCGCUGGUGCUCCUGGUGCUGGUGUCCGUGGUUGCCAACUUGCAGUGAGCGAUGCGCGUCCGGGCGGGCGUUCGCCUCCCUCCCCGGCGAUCGCCGUGCGUGCAACAGCUGCUGCAAAGUUUCGGUUCGCCUGUGUAUUCCAUCAGCAACUUGUUUUUUUUUUCCGGCGAUGUUACGAGCAGCUUGGCUUGCUUGAGAAUCAUUGUGUGUUGAUCAUGAUCGUGUUGGUUGUC